AAUACUUGGCCUCGUUAUUCAGUCGAUUACUGUUUUCUAUCUCAUCGGCGUGUGCUGGAUAUCUUGGUCAAUAUAUAACUUGUAACGAAAGGUUUUCGUUUUUGUCACCGGAUGUGAGCUCACGUUCAACAAAAACAUCACUUGAGAACAUACAAGUUACAAUCGGCACGUCCGCAUUAAUUUUCAAGCUGCGGAUGGAGUGCGGAACUUAGAUAUUUACUGCUGCAGUGUCAGAACUUUGUCUUACGAAUGGAGUUCUCCAUGCUAUUUAUUGCAAGCGUAUUUCUCUUCAUGAUCUCAGGUAAGAACUUCUGGUUUGAGCCGUUAGGUUACAAAACCUGGUGAUAAACUGCUAUUGUACAGUUUCGAAAGUUCUAGUGGAGCGUUCUCAACUCAAUAGUAUACCGCAAUUUUCGUAAGGGAAAAAAUGUAUUUAUUCUGUGUCUGCGUGCCAUAAAGGCUUAAUCAUAGUGUUGGUUGGCGUCGGUUAGCUGGAUCUUAUCGAAGCGCUUGAUCUCUUCAUCAAUUUCAAAAGUCAUUAUAAGAAGCUUGGCGCGACUUAACAAAUUAGAAUCCUACAGUGCACUGACAAUAUAUAUGAACUGCAUCCACGGCACUCAGUGAGGCGAGUCAUAUUUGUUUGUCCUUUAUGGUCGUCGAUUUGCAUUAAAAUAGAACUUCAAUAACGAAAUAACACCACUGGAUGCCAUAAUAUAAAAAUAUCUUUCCGCGGUGCGAACGUAUCGAGUUUUAUAUAUACAGCAAUCGUCGUGUUUACCCAACCCUUUAGGAUUUUACACCUCGAUGCAUAAGAAAAUAUUCAUAACGAUUAGAGUUCCUGCAUAAGAAGCUUCGCUCAUCUUUUAAUAAUAUAAAUAGAAAUAAUACUUCAUACAGUUAUUCUUCUGCUAUCAUCUACUCUUGCGAAAUACAAAACUCUGGUGUCGGUACAAAAAAAAAGAAAAAGAAAAACUACAGCUUGAACAAAUGCUUCCCCUCUACAGUUUUUCCUUGGCCAUAUGUUUAGUCGAGGUGAACGUAUCUUUGCGAUGUACGUGGCAAAUUUUAUGGAGCAAUUUGUAAUGUGUUAUCAUCGGCUCUGAAUUAAAAAAAGUUGUAUGAACGCUGCACGGUGGCCAACAUGUUGAAAUUAGUGUGUCACGCAACGAUUUAAAAUUGCCUGGGGAUAUUGAUCAUGACAAUAAUUACGCUGAACUAACUCCGAAGAGCCCGGUAGGGCCGAUAUCAUUAUCAAGCAUUAUUUUCCAUACUUUUGCCUGUAAUUAAGCCAUAGGUGAUAUUUCGUUUUGCUUCUCAGACCCUUAUAACCAAUUCCUCUGGGAGAGGAACAAUUGCUAAGAAUGUGACAUGAACAAUCUAUCAAGAGUGUUAAGGAAAGAGUAAACGAUGGUUUCUCUAGAGAACAACAAAAUAUGGAGCAGUAGUUGUUCAAUGAAAGACACAUUCCUUUUUCUUCCUCCCGUCUGUUUGGCUACAUUUUUACGAAAUUGGAAAAGAGUCUACUGGGAAAGUUAUAAAGGCAUAAAAACCGAAUAAACUGACCGACAUUAGAAACCAAGAAAGGUUUUGUUGUCGAUAAAUCGGAUUAGCUGCAUAUGCCGUGCUAUAUGUUUCUUAGAAAACUUAGAUAAAUAAAAUUCAUUCGAUAAAAACUCAUGCAAUAUCACCAGUUAGCACCAAACAGCCGCUGAGUGCAUUCCUACCCCUCUCUCUGACCAAAAUAGAUCAUUCAAUUUCCAGUUAUAACGUAUACUGAAUAACUACUUUAAAAGUGGAAUGUCUCAUGAAUUGAUUAUUUUUUUUAGAUGCGCAAGUUUUUGUACUGACCCCAGUCAGUCCAAUUCAAGCUCAAGAUGGCGAUAACAUCACACUACAUUGGGAAUAUCAUUCUGGCUUUCACACACUGAGUCUUGCUCAGUGGGGGACUAUGACCUCGGAAGGUACUUUGGAAACCAUCAUAGCUCAACAGCAUGGGAAUAAGCCAGUGGAGUAUUUAUCAUCGAAUUACAAAGGCCGUGUGUAUGUGACGAGCAAAGCCUCCCUUUCUUUCAUUGACGUUAAAGUGGAUGACACCGGGCGAUAUGGUUGUAAGUUGACGUUUGGAGACGCGACAAUUUCAAAUUCCACAAUACUGGAAGUAUCAGGUAGACGACUGUUUUUCUCAUUAAGCUAAGUCUGUAGUCUGAGUACUCCGUAGUCCUUUUGAUGCGGAGCCAGAGUUCUGAUCGGAAGAUUUCAUGCCGAUAAGACAUCGGGCUGGAGGAGGCAGAUUAAUUACUCAGGGUGUUGCAUCAUCCCCGUCCUCGCUUUCCCUCGUGGCACUGUUACACAUGACUCGCUAAUUUAGCGUGCAGUUACAGAUUUUUGUGCACUGAGUAAUUUCGCUCGUUUAUAAAUGACGUCGUUUUUUCUCUCAAUUCAUCUCCCUCUAUGGGAAAUAGCACUUUGCUCAAACUUGAUUUAUCAUUCAGAACAAAGUUAUUCACUGAAGUUUUCUAACUUCCGACUUUACCAAUUGUAGCUUAUGCAUGAUUAACUGAAGGCUAAGAAACAUAUAAAAGAAGGAAAAACUCACAUAUUUAUAUUAUGCUUUUUUUCCUUUAACAGUGUUGUUCUCCUCAUAGGUGCCACUGAGAGAAAUUGUAACAUGCAUGUGUUCUUUCAACAUCAACGUCAUCUCAUAGAUAUAUCGAUCACAACUAAUCCAUGCUAUUUCGGUCUGUUCAUCUCUUAAGCGAGAACCAUUACAGACGUAUCCCCCACACCUGAUGGUACUGCUGAUGACGACACGAUUAAUACGCAUCCAGUAUAUCUGGCCUUUGUUGCCGUGGUCCUGAUCCUAAUUAUACUAGUUGUUGUCUACUUUUUCCUCACGCGUAGAAAAAGAGGUGAGCUCGUACACCUUCCCUCGUAAAAACCAUUAAAACCGUUUGGCUAAAGUAGGUCAAUGGCUUGGAUUUUGGAUUCGGAGGAACAGGGUGUUGGAAAGGGACGAAGGGGGGGGGGUGGGGGGUUAAGACUGUUGAUAAAACUGUUUCCCAUUUCUUUCAUGGGAGUUUGAUUCCGUCCCCACCCUAUGCGAUAUAUAUGUGAUGCAACAUAUAUCUUAAGACUGACAAAUGAUGACUUACAAGGAAAAUAUUAAUGAUUUAAAUGAACUGACAAUCUCUAUCUUAUUUUUUUUUCUCAACAGUGGCUCGUACCAAUAGGAUGUAAGUAUUACGCCUGUGUCGGUUUUCUCACCGUGGUGUCCCAUCAUCCAUUGGCAAGUUUGCCGGCGAUUUUAAUUUGGUGACUUCUGUCUUAAACUGUCAUUCAUAACGUUACCAAGGUUUUACAUGAUAGGCUUGGUUACUUCUCCUGAUAUUCAGCACGCUUCUAGUCACUCUAAUUCAGUAUUUACAAUCCUAUUUUAGUCACAUUUCUGUUCCGUUUCAACCACUCUGAUUGACCUGAUGGACUAUGUUGUUAGCAGGAAUACGAUGUCAAGUAUGUUGUUAUCUCUUCUCUUCUCUUCUAGCAAAAAUGAAAGAGCUAGACUGGAUACGAAUAUGGUUGAAAUGGUAAGAAUAGGAUAAGAUUUAUCUUUUUUUUCGGGAGGAUGUCCCCUAAGAAAGUUCACAGGAUGAUAUCAAGCACAUUCCUCUGAACAAUUUACAUUGCAAAUUAUACUUGUUUAGGAAUUAAUGGCAAGACUUUCGUUUUUCUUGCCACGAAAAUAGAUGGUGUCGAAGGGCCUUGGUUUUCAAGGGGAACGGGGGGGGGGAGGACAGUUAUCUCUUAUAGCGUUUUUUACCGGUAGUAGGACUAUGUUUUAUUGACUGCCAAUCAGGGGGAAGGAGCCUUGUUGAGGCAUCGGGUAAGUUUUAUUACGACGAGCCAAAAUCCUCCGUCCUCACCCCCCCCCCCACACCUCCUCUCAAGCUAUGAUCGAUGACCAGACUAAGUCGUGGUGUGUUGUACUUUCUCUGUAAAGAACCCACUGUAUCAAAAUUACAUGUACGCAGACGUAGACGCAGACGCAGGAAGAACUCCUAAUCCAAUUAGUUCUUCUGACGGAGUGAUCCGUCAAGAAUACUCAGUGAUUCCUCCUAUACUUCCCAACCCGACCGAAAAGGACUGGGAAUUACCCAGAGAGAAUCUCGUGUUUGUGAAGGUGAUUGGCAGGGGAGCUUUUGGUAAAGUGGCUCGAGGAAUGGCUAAGGGAAUAAAUGACAACAAGGAAGACGUGGUUGUGGCUAUCAAAAUGUUAAAAGGUUUGUUUAAUUAACUGAUACCUCUAAAAAGAGUGGUUCUACAACAACCUUCACGACAUUGAUGGAUUUAUGGGUGAUGAUAACUUACCUUAUCUUCAUGCAAGUUUUUUUCGGUCUAACAAACUCAAGUGAGGGAAGACGUCAGAUGGCAUGAGUGUGUAGACUUAGAAAUUCUUCCCUCGAGCUAAUUCACGGUAAAUUCGAUUAAGAAUGGAGGAAGAAAUUUGGGGACGUAAAUUGCAUUUUUUUUCUUGCUCGUUUGAUUUUACAAUUUCGACGAUAACGUUUUCAGAACAUUAGAGUUUUUUUCUAGUACCCGAACCAUUUAUAAAAACCCGUUGUUUAUGUUGAUCUAUGGUAGAAAAUGCCACCGACGAAAACAGACAGGAUCUCCUCGCUGAACUAAACAUGAUGAAGAAGCUUGAACCGCAUCAAAAUGUUAUUCAGUUGCUGGGCUGUGUCACCAAAUCAGGUUUGCCAGUGAACUUCAUCUCUAUGGAUCAGAUGCACAAGGCCCCUCAGAAAUAUCGUUGUAUCUUGCAAAUAUUGUAAUUUGUCGAAAACGCACCAACUCACGUUCAUUAGUAAACCACCUUUAUAACAUUCUGGAGAAACAAACCUCAGCAAUCACAUCUGCAGGUCAACUAACGAGCUUAACAUAAAUGACAACUUUUUACUUUAACGAAACAGUCUCUUAGUGCAGCGCAACAACAGCGAAAUGAUUGUCUACACAAUUGAAGAUACAUUUCUACGGCCUCAUUCCCUGAGUGGCUGUUAUAAAAAUUAGCAUCAUUGUGAACUGUUGAGAACUGAAGUAGACCAGAAACAAAAGUGCAUGUUUAUGGCUCGGAAGAAAGAUUCGCGAUCAUGCGUCCUACUGAAGUUGUGUCGAUGGUUAUUCUAAGGAUAUUUCAUAACUAGCAAGAAAAAAAAUUAAGCUUCGUGUAAGGGAUAGUAAAAAUGACGACUAUUCAUAUCGAAACCACGAAGUUCUAAAUUAUUCCCGC